AUGGCAGAAACAAAAGUUGCACCAAAUCUUACUGGUAUUGAGCAAACCAAGGCAGGUCAAUCCUUCACUGAAAAAUUAUCAGCUGAAGCUAUGGAAUUUUUCUGUAAUGUUGCCAAAUUACCAUUCUCACAACAAGCUGUUCACUUUUUGAAUGCUUAUUGGGCUGAAGUUAGCAAAGAAGCUGAAUUCAUCUAUUCCGUUGGUUGGGAAACAAUCAAAUAUGCUGAUAUGCAUUGCAAAGGUAUCCAACUCGUUUUCAAAUACGAUGAAGGUAACGAUUUGGAUUUCGAUAUUGCUCUCUAUUUCUAUGAACAAUUAUGCAAAUUCUGUGAAGAUCCAAAGAACAAAAACUAUGCAACCACCUACCCAAUCUCUCAACCACAAAUGUUGACUGCUCUCAAACGUAAACAAGAAUUAAGAGAAAAAGUCGAUGUCAAUUUCGAUGGUCGUGUCUCUUUCCUCGAAUAUCUCUUAUAUCAAUACAAAGAUUUCGCCAAUCCAGCUGAUUUCUGUACUCGUUCAAUGAACCACGAUGAACAUCCAGAAAUCAAAAAAGCUCGUUUAGCUCUCGAAGAAGUCAACAAACGUAUUCGUGCUUACGAAGAAGAAAAAGCCCGUUUAACCGAAGAAUCAAAGAUUCCAGGUGUCAAAGGUCUCGGUGCCACAAACAUGCUCGCUCAAAUUGAUAGUGGUCCAUUAAAGGAACAACUCAACUUUGCCCUUAUCUCUGCUGAAGCUGCUGUUCGUACUGCUUCAAAGAAAUAUGGUGGUGCUGCUUAUUCAGGUGGUGCUGGUGAUGCUGGUGCUGGUUCCUCUGCUGGUGCCAUUUGGUGGAUGAAUCGUGAUUUAGAAGAAAAGAAAAAGAGAUACGGUCCACAAAAGAAAUAA